UCUCGAUUCCUAAGUCCAGUAUGGCAAUGCUCAAGGAUCAGCUGAUUGUGAAUCUUCUUAAGGAAGAACAAAAACCCCAGAAUAAGAUCACAGUUGUUGGCUUUGGUGCUGUUGGCAUGGCUUGUGCCAUCAGUAUCUUAAUGAAGGACUUGGCAGAUGAACUUGCUCUCAUUGAUGUCAUGGAAGACAAAUUAAAGGGAGAGAUGAUGGAUCUCCAACAUGGCAGCCUUUUCCUUAAAACACCAAAAAUUGUCUCUGGCAAAGACUAUAGUGUGUCUGCAAACUCCAAGCUGGUGAUUAUCACAGCUGGGGCACAUCAACAAGAGGGAGAAAGCCGUCUUAAUUUGGUCCAGUGUAACAUGAACAUCUUUAAAUUCAUCAUUCCUAAUGUUGUCAAAUAUAGUCCCAACUGCAAACUGCUCAUUGUUUCCAAUUCAGUGGAUAUGUUGACCUACGUGGCUUGGAAGAUAAGCGGCUUUCCCCAAAACUGUGUUAUUGGAAGUGGUUGCAAUCUGGAUUCAGCCCGGUUCCGUUACCUAAUGGGGGUUCACCCAUUAAGCUGUCAUGGGUGGUUCCUUGGGGAGCAUGGAGACUCUAGUGUGCCUGUAUGGAGUGGAGUGAAUGUUGCUGGUGUCACCCUAAAGAUCCUGCGCCUUGAAUUAGGCACUGAUGCAGAUAAGGAACAAUGGAAACAAGUUCACAAACAGGUGGUUGGCAGUGCUUAUGAGGUGAUCAAACUGAAAGGCUACACGUCCUGGGCCAUUGGACUGUCUGUGGCAGAUUUAGCAGAAAGUAUGAUGAAGAAUCUUAGAUGGGUGCAUCCAAUUUCCACCAUGAUUAAGGGUCUCUAUGGAAUAAAAGAAGAUGUCUUCCUUAGUGUUCCUUGCAUCUUGGGACAGAGUGGAAUCUCGGAUGUCGUGAAGGUGGCUCUGACAUCUGAGGAAGAAGCCUGUUUGAAGAAGAGUGCAGACACACUUUGGGGGAUCCAGAAAGGGCUGCAAUUUUAA